CCCUGAAUUUUUAGUGCCGCCUGAAACAUACAAGACGUGACGCCCGGAACACUGAACAGAGGAAGAGGAUUACAGCUUUCUUUUUUCAAUCAAAGUAAUCGCCAGAUUGGUUGACGGCCGGUACAACCGCUAUUUCAUCUUCAGACUUCAGACUAACCAACAACCUCCACUGCUCACAUGAAAAGGAAAAUUACUCUCUCUCUCUCUUCCAAACCGAAACGUAGCUUUCACUUCCCUUCUCUGAAUCGCUGCUGCAAAUAUCCUAGUCUGGCGUCUCGGCUCACCAAACAAUAUCAGAUCAUCUCUCUCCCUCUCUAAUUUCUAGGUUUGUUUAGGCCUUGUGUGUGGAAUUUUUCGAUUCCAAUCACAACCGAAACGAUAACGAAACGUCACUUAUAAAAACCGGCACAUUCACGCAAUUCAACACUCUAUCCUUAAAUUCCUCUCUCUCUCUACAGUUCCUCCUCAGAUUCGAUUUAUCUCUUUCACUUGUUUAUGGAUGAUUCGCCAAUAGCGACGCAUCGAUUCCAAACGCUGUCGUUUUGCUGGUGCUUUCUCUCUCUCAUUUUUUUGAAAUUGCGUACUUGUAUUUGAGGCAGUGUUGAGUCUGUUUGAACUGAACUUGGGGAGAGUGAGAGCAGAUUCCGGACGUCGUCGUUUCGAUGUUUUGCUUUGCUUUGUUGCCUUCUUUGUGAAAUUUUCGACGAUCUGAACUGAAAUUUGUUGCUUUCAGCUUCUUGUGGUCAAAUUCGAACAUUAAUAGUUGGAGACUUCACAAGGGUUAGCGUCUCGAGUCGGAGCCAAUGAAUAAACUGGGGUGAUAAUGCACCGGCUAUGACAUCUUAGAAAAUGUUCAUCCAGAUUGUGAUCAAGUUGAAAUGAUAGAAAUCUAGCUUUGGACGCUGAGAAGAUUGGUUUUGAACUCAGUGAAAAAAGGGAACCAUGAGUACACAACUUUUAGAAAUCCUGCCCAGGGAACUGAAAUUUAUAUUUGAAUUGAAGAAGCAGAGCUCAUGUGCAGUAAGGCUGACCAAUGUUACUCAUCGCAAUGUUGCUUUCAAGGUUAAGACUACUUCCCCUAAGAAAUAUUGUGUGCGACCAAAUGUUGGCAUUAUCUUGCCAAAAUCAACUUUUGAAUUUACUGUUACAAUGCAAGCUCCAAAGGCAGGUACUGCUGAAAAGGUGUGCAAAGACAAGUUUUUAAUCCAAAGCACUGUUGUUCCUGCUGGAACAACUGAGAAGGACAUAACAACUGAUAUGUUUAACAAAGACAAUGGCAAGUACAUUGAAGAGAUCAAGCUGAAAGUGGUCCUUAUCAGCCCCCCUCAGUCUCCAGUACUAUCACCAAUAAAUGGGGUGCUUAAGCAGGAACCUCUUUUUGGAGCUUCUGUGCUGAGAGAUCCUAUAUUGAGUAAAGUUGAGAAUACCACUCCACCACACAUGGUUGCCAAGAAUGCAGAAUUCAAAAUGAUUUAUGAUCAGGAGUUCAAAAAAGAAAAGGAUGUGGAGUUGAAGCCAAAUAAGGAUAUUGAUGAACAGGAGUUGAAGCCAGAAAAUGAUGCAGAACUGAUGCCAAGUAAUGAUGUGGUUAAUGUUGAGGCAGUAAAUCUGGCGAAUGAUGAAGAGUUGAAGUCAGAAAAUAAUGCCGUCAAUGAUAAUCUGGCAAAGGAUGCACAUUUAUCUCCCCCAAAGAAUGCAGAAUUUGUAACAUUAAAGGCUGUGGAGGAGUUGAAUUUUGUCAAUGACAUUGAGGAGAUGAAGUCAAAACUGAAUGUACUUGAAUCAAAGCUUAAUGAGGCUGAAUCUACUAUUUCAAAAUUGUCAGAGGAGAGAAGAUUAAGCAUUCAGGACAGAAAAAUUUUGAAGGACGAACUAGCCAUGUUGAGGAGCAGGACAAGCACAAGAAGAGUUCAAGUGGGAUUUCCUCUUCUUUUUGUUGUUAUGGUUGCUCUUGUGAGUGUUUUGCUUGGAUACCUUUCUCACCCAUGAAUAUGAAGACAUUACAGAGUAUGUCAAAGUUUGUUAUAGUUAGAACUUUAAAGGUACUAAUUGAAUUCUCCAAGGAAUAGGAAGGGACUGUAAGUUCAUCCUUUUUGGGUUUAUUCAAUCUAGGUUAGUAUGUUGAGUGUGUAGAUGAUACUCUUAAUGAAAAUAUCGAAUGUAGAGUGCCUGAUUCUGAUAAAAAGAUGAGAAAAUAUUAUCUGAAAUAGUGGAUAAGAGGGUAGCUGUAAUAGAAUACUACUGUAAUAGAAUACUAUCUGUCCAAUGACCAAUGCCUCACUGUUGUAGAUACAUUAUUCCUGUCUUGAAACAGGUUGGUCAUACAUGUACACUCAUAUAUAUGCUCUUCCCUUAUAAAGUUGAGUUGAGAACGAA